UUUCUUUUUAUACCCAGUCAUCAUCCCUAUUAUAAGUAACCGAUAGACUAUAAGGUAAGUAUUGAAUGUAACGGAGAAAGAGCAACACGACACGCAUUAUGGGUUUGUUCAGCUAAAUAUGUAAAUUACGGUAUCGGCAAUCAGGCAUCAAGGUGAAAACAUCCGGGAACAAGCACUAGUGACAAUACCAAAGCCAAAAACAUGUCGCAAACUAACUGGGCGUGUCGGUCACGUCGGAUUUUGGGCUCUGAAUCUAGACAUCGGACUUUCUUCGCGAAUACCUACAUACGUGACAGGAUGACAUGUCCUAGAAUAGCUGACAUUUAUUGCUCCUACCGGUAUUAUUGCCUGCCUAAUAGGAUUACACCCCGUUGGCAAUCCGUUGGAUAAGCUGUGCUCGAUGUUGACGCAGUUUCUGGUCAUAACGGCCUCCACAAGCUAACCCCCUUUACCACGGAGCCGGUGGUCGUUGCCAACUGAUCGUCGGAGUUUUUGGCGCUAAACAAGUUCAUUCACACGGCUUUCAUACAAGUGCUGGAUGUAACACACAAAAAUCUUAAUGAUUACGUCGUUAUAUUUUUUAUCAGAACCUAACCAGAAUAAUUUAGGUAUAAUUAUUUUGUCUAAUUUAUUCGCUAAGAAUAUCUUAAUAAGGAAAAUCGGUAGUUUGUACCGUUACCGUUUCUGGAAGAUUAUUUUACCAUGGAAAACAAAACAAAAGAACGAAGUAUGUAGAAGGCGAUAGUUACCAUGGCAAGGUAUCUGAAACAGGAUAAAUAUAAUAUAUUUGAUUGUAGGUACUUAUUGAUGACUGUUUCGUUUCCAUAAAAGAAAAAACAAAACGUAAUUUAAUCAGACCAAUUUAGUUUCUUUUUUUUUAUCGUUGUUCUGCUAUCCUGCGGCAGCAGUAUCGAAACGCCAAUCUGUUGGUUGUUCAUGUACGCACCAAACCAAUCAAAUUCGACGGCAUGACUCGCGCGAAGUUCGUUAGAGUCGCCAACGCCUCCUAGCGUCAGUUUUCAAAAAAGGGAAGCGCGCGCGCGGCACGGUACGAUAUCGCGGCUCAACUAAAACCGAAAACCGAUUAUACCUCCUAUUAAAACCGUGUGAAAUCAUCAGCCAGUAGCCUUCAUCAUCUCAGGAUCACCAACGGAGUGGAAGCUCAACGACUAGUGCAGGUCGCAGCCCAGGAUUCACGAGGUACGUGCGUGCAUUGUAUCUUUACUGUAGCCUGUCUAGGAUCUCGCAGAACAACAAAUAAUUAACGUAUUUUUUUUUAUCGUAAGACCACCUCCUGGUCUCCCCAGAGUGGCAUCCGCAUCACAAUUUCAUUUCGGCUGGUGCGAGUUGCUACAUCUUUUUGGUGCCGAAACCCGGGAGCUUCCAUUUAAUUCUUAUCGAAUCGCCAUAUUGGUUUUCUGGUUAAAGGUAACUUAAAAUAAUCUCAAUCGAUCUAUUGUUUUAACCAUAUCGCAUUUUAAGUUGUCCCAUCGGAACUAUCAAACCAUUCCAUAAUUUCGUAAUUAUUCAUAACUAAACACGUCACGUAAACGAGCUAAGUAGGUACUUAUCCUAAAUUCGCCAUCGAACAAAAAACUAUAACAAUAAAACUUCCGAUUAGCUUGUGAGGGUACCUAUGCCGAUCUAACUACAAAUACCGUCCUGCAUGGGUAUUCUCGCUUGUUACUUAACAAUUAUUGUGGUGAAGUCAAAUUGUGCAAUCACUUUUAUCAAUUUAUCGGUGCACACUUUAACAACCCGCAAUAAGUAACUCAUCGGCUCAUUAAAAUGCAAGUGACCUACCAAAACAAAUAACGUAAUACUAAGUGGAUUAUCCGUUUUUUAUUAAAGUGGUUUUCGUAGUAACAUUUUGUUCAUUAAAUACUUUCAUUCGUAAAAAACGUCCGUCGUUUAAACGUACCUACGAGUAUUAUUAUUCACUGUAGGUAGGUAGAUUGAAAUAUCGUAAACCGUUCUAUCAAAAUAACGUAUCAGUUACCUAGGUACCUACAAAUAAAACUUCUCGACGAGUCGGUGAUUAAAUUUACCGUUUAUUUUCACGAAUUGAACACAGAGGUAAUCAGCUGUUGCAGUACAUUGUGUCUAUAGUUCUAUACAGUCAUCAAUCGACCCUGUCAUAUUAUCUGUGUAUGCUUAUAAUAUAAUAUCCGAGUAGCUAGAUUUGCUAGUUGGUAACAAUAGAGAUACCUACACCGUACACGCGUCUUGUAACGUACCUAUUAUACGCGCCGAAGUUCGGGGCGCGUUUGGGUAGGAUACACUGUCUUAGCGACCACUACCUACUUAUUGCGGAUGAUACUUGCACAUAAGUAGGUACAUUUAUUUAGUGCUUAAUUAUAAUCCGUAAGCUUAACUCUGUAUCGAAAUUCUUCGCACAUUACAAGAAAUAAUAUCUCAUAGCUUUGUUUUGUACCUGCUUAAUAAACUUUUUUUUUAAAUGCCGCUUCUCGGAAAACCUACCCGCAGGGGUACAUUAAAGAAAUCAAAAUGUAAUGAAGUAGAAUAUUCGACUCAAGAUUUACCGUCUUUGCGUAGGAAACGAACCAUUUCUUAUAACCGUUUAAAUAAAGCGCUGGAGAUAGGUAUUUUAGCCGAAAACGAUUCUUCUCAACUAAAUUUGUUUUUGUCAUAUUUUCAAGACAUUAAGCAACAUGCCGCUAGUUUUGAGGAUGCGCAUUUUACGAUCCAGGAGAUUCUCGAUGACCCUGAAAAUGAGGACAAUGACCUUCAAGAAAGGUUUGAUGCAAUGUAUUACAGAUUGUUGUCAAUCCAUCGAACGUUAUCUAAAACUGAAUCAACUCGGUCUUGCGACACUGUUUCGUCGAAUAUUCGAUUACCGAAAAUCGUGCUUCCUAACUUUAGCGGCGACAUUAAAAAAUGGCCUGAGUAUUAUGAUACGUUUAACACCUUAAUACAUAACUCAACAUCGUUAACCGACACUGAGAAGCUUCAUUAUCUCGUAUCGUCUCUGAGCGGCGAUGCGCUGCUUGUUAUCAAGCCUUUCCCUCUGACACACGAACACUACCGCGACGCAUACGAAGCACUCACCGCGCGCUAUAAGAAUAAGCGGGAUCUUGCGUUUACGUGUUGGCGGGAUAUUUUGAAAAUUGAAUUUAAGGUUUCCGACGCGCACGCAUUUCGAAGGUCACUCGAUUUAUUCGAGGAAAACUUAAGCAUUUUAAGGACUAUUAAUUUGCCGGUUAACCAUUGGGAUUUCAUUUUAGUGUAUCAUAUCUUAUCGAAGGUCGACCAGAGGCUUCGUCGGGAUUUUGAGGAAAAACAUUCCGAUGUAGAACUUCCUACUUAUAACCAAUUGCGAAAUUUCCUGCAAUCCAAGUGUGAGGCUUUAUUGCGAGACACACAUUUCGUUGAAUCGGACAAACCUCAACCGAGGUCUAAAUCUGCUCACCCGCAGCCCCAACCGCGCAGUUCUGCGUCACACACACUCGUUGCCGCUAAGCCCGCUACUACACAACAACUGAAUGAAGGGGUACCAACGAAUGUCCCAUACACAAAAAAAUGCACGUUUUGUUCAGAUUUCCAUUCCAUUGCCGCAUGUCCCGAGUUUCUUAAAAAAUCGUUUGAUGAACGUUUGCAGAUCGCUACUGAGAAACACUGGUGCUUUAACUGUUUGAAUCCAUCUCAUCAGUUAAAAGAUUGUAAAUCUAUAUUUUCGUGUCGCAUAUGCAAGAGAAACCACCACACCUUACUCCAUCGCGAUAAGUCUAGUGAGUCAAAUCAGUCUUCAUCGACAUUAGUGUCAAGGUCGUUAACACACACCACUGUUCUACUGGCCACAGCAAUGAUUCAGGUCCGUGAUGCCUUUGGCUCAAUGCAAUCGUUCCGAGCUCUUUUUGAUACUGGAAGUCAAAGCAAUUUUAUCACGGAAAAGGCAGUGAAACGUCUAAGCUUACCACUUAGUCCAACUAACGACAACGUCAGCGGUAUCGGAGAUGCUUCAGCGCCGAUUCUUGGUGACAUCACGUGUUUGAUAGGCACAAAGGAUAAAAUCUUAUUUAAAUUGAACUUGCACGUCAUAUCAACAAUAUGUGGCGAUCAACCGAUAGCAAAACUUAAUACAUCUGGGUGGACCCACAUUGAAUCGAAACCCUUAGCAGAUCCUGGUUUUGAUCUCCCGGGACCUAUCGACAUAUUGCUCGGCGCGGAGGUGUUUGCUGACUCGCUUCUAAAUCAACAUAUCAAAGGCAAUGCAAAUCAACCGAUAGCUCUUAACUCUGUUUUCGGUUGGCUUCUUUUGGGCAAAACUCGUCUAGCUUCAAACACCUUAGUGCACGCAUCGGGAAAAAACGACAUCGACUUGAAUUCGUUAGUUCAACGUUUCUGGGAGUUAGACUGCGUACCCAAGGCGUCUCUUCUGACUCCAGAGGAGGUGUUGUGCGAACAAAAGUUCUUAUCCGACCAUUGCCGCGAUACGUUUGGACGAUACACAGUACGCUUACCAUUCAAAGAUGAUAGCGAACCGAAGUUUGAAGGUUCUCGUGACGUUGCACUUAGACGAUUUCAUGCAAUGGAACGUAGGCUGUCUCGUGACCCUGACUUACAAAAGGAAUACGCGAAUUUUAUGACAGAUUACUUGGACGCCGGUCAUAUGUCUUUGGUUCCCGGGAAUGAACUCAGUCAGGGGAAAUAUUAUAUUCCACAUCAUUGCGUUUUGCGUCCUGACUCUGCUACCACCCGUCUCCGCGUUGUCUUUGACGCGUCGGCCAAGGAUGCCCACUCUCGGUCUUUAAACGACACUCAACUAAUCGGUCCCAAGUUACAACCGAACAUUCUAGAAAUUCUAUUGCGAUUUAGGGUACAUAAUAUUGUUUUUAUGGCUGAUGUUCGACAAAUGUACCGUCAAAUUCUUAUUUCCCAAGCCGAUCGUGACUACCAGCGCAUUUUUUGGAGAACCACUCCUACAGAAUGUCUUCAAGAAUACCGUUUGAAUACUGUAACAUAUGGCGUUUCAUCUUCACCCUUUCUUGCGUGUCGUACUCUGCGACAGCUUGCCGAGGACGAGGGCAAUCAGUAUCCCAUAGCAAAGGGAAUCAUUCUGUCUGACGUAUAUAUCGACGACGUGGCCAGUGGUUCCGACACGCUAGAACACGCCCAACAGGCAAAGGACCAACUAAUCGCCUUGUUCAAAUUAGGUGGCUUCCAUCUUAGGAAGUGGGUGUCUAACAAUGCGCAACUUCUGCUUGACCUCCCUAUUCAAGAUCGUCUCACUGGUUCUGUCUCUCUCGAUAACUAUGAAACUCAAAUUUUAAAAAUUCUCGGCCUAAAAUGGGAUCCUCACACAGAUGCAUUUCUUUUCGAAAUCCAACCUCUCGACCGGCCUUGUACCAAACGAUCGAUUCUCAGCGAACUAGCUAGAGUGUUCGACCCUCUAGGAUUUUUGUCUCCCAUUACAAUUCAAAUCAAAACCUAUAUCCAGAAACUUUGGAUCCUUGGUAUCGGAUGGGAUCAAACACCGCCUGAUGAGGUCAUUGGUAUGUGGAAUACUUACAAGGUUCAAUUAUCACAGUUAUCUCAAGUUCGAAUUCCUCGCAGGUUAAUUUGUUCUGAUGUCAAAUCGUUCGAGCUUCACGGGUUUUGUGACAGUUCCGAGGUAGCGUAUGGUGCGGUAAUAUAUUUUCGGGUUACUAACGGCAGCGGCAAGGUCACAACGUAUCUGGUCUGUUCUAAGGCUCGUGUAACACCUCUUAAACGAAUUUCAUUGCCUCGUCUGGAGCUCUGCGCCGCAGUUCUUCUAUCAGAACUUUAUAAAUUUGUUCGUGACACUUACCUUGAUCGCAUUACGAUUAACGAUGUCUAUCUGUGGUCAGACUCGACGGUAGUUCUUUCAUGGUUGCGAGCCCAUUCUUCCCGCUGGGUAACAUUCGUCGCCAACAGAGUCAGUCAAAUCCAAGAUCUUACUGCAACUGCGUGCUGGCGCCAUGUACCUUCAGGAGAUAACCCUGCGGACGUUUGCUCUCGUGGUCAAUUACCCAGUGAGAUCGUAAACAACUCCUUAUGGUGGGCGGGCCCUGAUUGGCUACGUAGGGAUCACUGUUCCUGGCCUUCUAUCCCUGAUACUGCCUCUCACGAGGAUGAAGUACUCGUUAAAUCCGAAGAACGCAAGUGUGUAGUCUUAUUAACCGAUCAACUUGAUAAAACCUUACCUGACGGAUCCAUCAUCGAGAUGUUAUUAAAUCGUUUCUCUUCAUUGUCUAAGUUGGUAAAUGUUCUCACGUACGUAUAUCGCUUUAUCGAUAAUACUCGACAUCCCAAUCAGGUGAAUCGAAAACGAUUUCUUAAUAACGUUGAACGUCAUCACACUCUUAUAAAAAUAGUUAAACAUGUACAACAUACCACUUUUCUCGAAGAAAUCUUUCAUCUGCAAUCAAAAAAACCCUUAUCAAAACCUUUUCGCAAGUUAAAUCCGUUCCUUGAUGAUCAGGGAGUACUCAGGGUGGGCGGUAGGAUUUCGCGAUCAGGUCUCGAAUAUGAGCAAAAGCACCCCGCCUUCUUACCUUCUAACCAUCCUUUUACUUACUUGGUCAUUGACUUUAUUCAUCGCAGUUAUUUACACCCAGGUAUUAACACUACACAUUUUCUACUACUUCAACAAUUCUGGAUCAUAGCUGCAAAACGCGUUAUUCGUCGCCACUUGUCCAAGUGUAUUCAAUGUUUUCGAACAAAUCCUCAGCCAUUACAACCUUUUAUGAGCGAUCUUCCCUCUUAUCGCGUCAAUCAAGUUAAACCAUUUUCCGUGGUCGGUGUCGAUCUAGGCGGGCCGUUCCGUAUUAAACUCGGUUCACAUAGAGGCGCGAAAAUGGAUAAGGCGUAUUUGUGCUUGUUUGUUUGCCUGGCGACCAAGGCGGUGCAUUUAGAAGUCGUAUCGACGUUAACAACUGAAGGGUUUAUUGCUGCUUUGCGCCGAUUUGUAGGAAGACGCGGUCGGUGCAACGGAAUUCACGCGGAUUGUGGCACUAAUUUUGUUGGUGCAAAAAACCAGCUCUCAACUUUAAUGGAACAGGCAACGAAUGCAGAAAAAAUCGAAUUUAAGUUCAACCCUCCCGGCGCACCGCACUUUGGCGGCGUCUGGGAGAUUCAGAUUAAAGCCGCAAAAUCUCAUUUGCUUCGGGUCGUGGGUGAUCAGGUUUUGACUUUUGAGGAACUAACCACUCUUUUUGUUCAAAUAGAAGCCAUCUUAAACUCAAGGCCACUUUGCCCUAUUAGUUCCGAUCCAAACGACCUGACGUGUCUCACUCCGGGUCAUUUUCUCACUUUAGAACCUUUGACAGCCGUUCCCGAUGAAGAUCUUUCUAACGUAAACCUAAAUCGGCUUCACCGAUGGCAGCUGCUCCAAUCUUUUCAACAGAGUUUUUGGUCCAGAUGGAAAUCAGAAUACUUAAAUUCUUUAACGCAACGAGCCAAAUGGACGAAACACUCUAAACCGUUACAGAUAGGUUCUAUGGUAAUCAUUAAGGACGAUAAUCGUGCACCAUUGCAUUGGACACUUGCACGAGUUGUAAACCUCCAGGUGGGUGCUGAUGGGAUAGCUCGGAGUGCAUUGGUUCAAAAUGCUGACAAACAAAUUAUAAAUCGACCUUUAGUUAAACUGUGUCCCUUGCCUAUAGAGGACUCUGCUUAGCUGUUCUAAUCAUAUUAACCGAACUUUCAACCCUUAUCCAAAACUUUAUUUAAUUCUUUAUUUAAUUCUCUUUAGUUUUAGUAUUCAACCUUUCGUCAACUAAUUUUUUGUCUUUUAACCAGAAAAUACCAUAGGCAUUUUGGUGGGCGGGAUGUUUCGUUUCCAUAAAAGAAAAAACAAAACGUAAUUUAAUCAGACCAAUUUAGUUUCUUUUUUUUUAUCGUUGUUCUGCUAUCCUGCGGCAGCAGUAUCGAAACGCCAAUCUGUUGGUUGUUCAUGUACGCACCAAACCAAUCAAAUUCGACGGCAUGACUCGCGCGAAGUUCGUUAGAGUCGCCAACGCCUCCUAGCGUCAGUUUUCAAAAAAGGGAAGCGCGCGCGCGGCACGGUACGAUAUCGCGGCUCAACUAAAACCGAAAACCGAUUAUACCUCCUAUUAAAACCGUGUGAAAUCAUCAGCCAGUAGCCUUCAUCAUCUCAGGAUCACCAACGGAGUGGAAGCUCAACGACUAGUGCAGGUCGCAGCCCAGGAUUCACGAGCGUGUGUAUCCCGGUGCGCGGUGAUGUCGUCAUGGAGGUUGUGGUGCCGCUGGCGGUGGUCUGCGUGUUGAUCAGCGCCGCGCCGAACGCGACGCGCGCGCGCCGCCCGGACGACCUGCCCGACGAGCCCGUGCUACCAGACGAUGACGAUGAGCUCUCGCACAAGCUCGACUACUAUGAUGAGGAGAGGAUUAACAUCUCAGAGAAGGGCAUGUACCUGGGGUCGCCCUGCGAGUUCACGUGCAACUCCAAGCUCAUGCACGUGUACUGCGACCCGACGACCGCCUCCUGCCAGUGCGACCCCAAGCAUCCAGUCGCAGUUGGCGUUGCCCAGGGAUGCGCUAAAGCAAAGAAACUCGGGGAGCAGUGUUUCUACCGUGAAACGUGCAGGGCGUUUGAUGCUCAUGCGUCGUGCGUGCAAGUCAACCACAACGCGUACUGCCAGUGCGACGCCGGCUACCACCAGACCAGCCACACCCGCCCCACAUCCAGAAUCUUCUGCACGGAAGACCUGGUGUUGCUGACGGCCGACAUGCCGACGCUGCUGGGCGUGGCGUCGGGUAUCUUUGUGCUCGCCGGCCUGCUGUGCAUGGUGCUGCAUCUGUACACCAAGGCCCGCUACCACCCCACGCACCUGGCAGACGCGAGGCUUACGCCGCCCUGUCUGUACUCACUGAACGACACAGGUGGCACGCUGAGCGCGACCCGCGCGUCGUCCCGCGCGUCGUCGCGCAGCGGCUGCACGUCGGGCACGCUGGAGCUGGACAGCUCGGGCGGCGGGUCGCGGCGCGCGUCGCGGCGCGGCGGCGUGGCGGUGUCGGCGUCGCGCGCAGGUUCGCGACGUCCAAGUCUAAGCUCAGUGCAGAGCAGUUCAUCAUCAAUCAGGAGCUACAGCGCCAGGAGGUGGGAGAGAGAGAGGGAACAGAAGGAACGGAGACAGAUGAGUAUGCGUCUCGCUCAGCUGCACGACAAGAUGGCUGCCGGCCGGGAAAUGCCGAAGCAUGCACCGACGCCAUCGCCGCGCUCGCCGAACAACUCCACAGAUGGACUGCUACCGUCUGUAUGUGAAAUUAGAGAACUGAUUACAAACCCGGAACAACAGUUGCAAGGCGUGGACGGGCCGUGCUCCAGCUCCUCGCUUUACUGACACCAGGCUCACUCCAAAACGACCAGGAGGUCCCUGGACUCCCUGUCGUCCGAGGGGUCCCCGGCCAUCGCCUGGAUGUAGCCCUCGC